AGCGAGCGUUUAGCGUUUUUUGUUAUUGUUGUUGUUGCUGCAGUUCUAGGGUCUGCGACCGGUCUCGGUUUGUGGUAUGGAUAACUGCGAGGCUAGGCCGGUUUCGAACGGGUUGGGGAACGAGAAGGAUUCGUCUCAGUGCGUGAGGGUCGCGGUCAACAUCAGGCCGCUGAUUACCUCGGAGCUCCUCAUCGGCUGCACCGAUUGCAUCACCGUUGUGCCAGGAGAGCCUCAGGUGCAAAUUGGGUCGCAUUCGUUCACAUACGACCAUGUAUAUGGGAGUACGGGAUCGCCUUCUUCAGCCAUCUUUGACGACUGCGUUGCUCCCCUUGUGGAUGCACUCCUCAGAGGCUACAAUGCCACCGUCCUCGCAUAUGGCCAGACUGGUUCCGGCAAAACAUACACCAUGGGAACUAACUAUAACGGAGAAGAGAGCAACACUGGAAUCAUACCUAAGGUGAUGGAGACAAUUUUCAAAAAAGUCAAGACCAUGAAAGAUUCCACUGAGUUUCUUAUCAGAGUUUCCUUUAUUGAGAUUUUCAAAGAAGAAGUUUUUGAUCUUCUCGAUCAAAAUUCGACUCUUUGUAAAGGUGAAGGGGUGUCUGCAGCAAAGGCAGUAGGACCUGCUAGAGUUCCAAUACAAAUUAGAGAAACAGUACAUGGUGGGAUAACACUUGCUGGAGUGACUGAAGCAGAAGUUAAGACAAAGGAAGAGAUGGCGUCGUAUCUAUCUCGGGGUUCUUUGUCUCGUGCUACUGCGAGUACCAACAUGAAUAGUCAGUCGAGCCGAUCACAUGCUAUCUUCACAAUCACUAUGGAGCAAAAGAAGAUGGCUCAUUUUCCCAGUGAUGAUGACUUUGGUGAUGAUAUCUUGUGUGCGAAACUUCAUUUAGUAGACCUUGCUGGAUCAGAAAGAGCAAAACGAACUGGUGCAGAUGGAAUGCGCUUUAAAGAAGGCAUUCACAUCAACAAAGGUUUGUUGGCUCUUGGCAAUGUAAUAAGCGCGCUAGGAGAUGAGAAGAAGCGGAAAGAUGGAGGCCAUGUUCCAUAUCGUGAUAGCAAGCUAACACGCUUGUUACAGGAUUCCCUUGGAGGAAAUAGCAAAACAUUGAUGAUAGCUUGUGUGAGUCCUGCUGAAACAAAUGCUGAGGAGACAUUGAACACUCUUAAGUACGCAAAUCGUGCUCGCAACAUUCAAAACAAAGCUGUGAUCAAUCGUGAUCCGAUGGCAGCUCAAAUGCAAAGGAUGCGAAGCCAAGUAGAGCAGUUGCAAGCAGAGCUUCUACUAUAUCGUGGUGACGCUAGUGGACCAUAUGAAGAACUUCAAAUCCUCAAGCAUAAAGUUUCUUUGCUUGAAGCAAGCAAUGUGGAGUUACAACGGGAGUUGCAAGAGCGUCGUAUCACUUGUGAGCAUUUGAUGCAGCGUGCCGUUGAUGCACAGGUCGAAAAAGACAAAUUGAUUAUGAAAAUUGAAUCAGCUCGAAGUGGCAAAUCGUGGGAUGAAAUUGAUUGUAACUCAAAUCAGGAUUGUGAUUUGGUCAAAUCUUAUGUGUCCAAAAUCCAAGAGUUAGAAGCAGAAUUGCUUCGCCUACAAAGCUCACUUCACACAAAACGUUAUGUUCUGGGUUCCAUUGAUUCAGACGAUGAUGGAUCUCUCUCCAACAACACAUUAGCUUCUUGCUUAAAUGAUUUUUCUUCUGGUUCCGAAGCUAAAAGUGUGGACCUUGCUGAUGAAAUUGAGGUCGAUGAGAAAGAGUUAGAACACUCUUCACUUCAAGAGAAACUGGGGAUGGAGCUUAAAGAGCUGGAUAAAAAACUUGAGCAGAAGGAGGCUGAAAUGAAGCGCUUUGCAAAUGUUGACACUUCAGUUCUAAAACAACACUACGAGAGAAAACUUUUGGACAUGGAACAAGAGAAAAAGUCUUUACAGAAAGAGAUAGAAGAACUGAGAUGCAACCUUGCAAACAUUUCAUCUACAUCCGGUGACAAUGCUCAAAGAUUAAAGGAGGAAUAUCUUCAAAAACUAAAUGUUCUCGAAGCGCAGGUGUUAGAGUUGAAGAAGAAACAAGAUGCACAAGCUCAACUUUUAAGACAAAAGCAAAAAAGCGAUGAGGGUGCCAAACGAUUGCAAGAUGAGAUUCAGAGAAUAAAAAGUCAGAAGGUUCAAUUACAACAUAAGAUAAAGCAAGAAUCUGAACAGUUCCGAAUGUGGAAGGCAUCAAGGGAGAAAGAGGUUCUCCAGCUGAAGAAAGAGGGACGGAGGAAUGAGUAUGAGAUGCAUAAGUUAUUGGCUUUGAACCAAAAGCAGAAGAUGGUCUUACAGCGGAAGACAGAAGAAGCUUCCAUGGCUACCAAAAGGCUGAAAGAACUGCUGGAGUCUCGAAAAGCUUCCUCUAGGGAGACAUCUGGUGCUGGGAGCGGCAGUGGUCCUGGAAUUCAGCCUUUGAUGCGGGCCAUUGAGCAUGAGCUAGAAGUCACCAUACGGGUUCAUGAAGUACGAUCUGAAUAUGAGCGUCAUAUGGAAGAGAGGGCAAAAAUGGCAAAGGAGAUUGCGAGACUUAAGGAAGAAGCGGAAUUGCAUAAGCAAGCAAACUUAAGCGACUGUCCCCCUACUAUGUCUCCUGGUGCGAGAAACUCAAGAAUUUUCGCUCUUGAGAACAUGCUUGCGACUUCUUCCAGCACCUUAGUGUCCAUGGCAUCGCACCUUUCAGAAGCAGAAGAACGUGAAAGGGUCUUCGGUGGCAGAGGACGUUGGAAUCAAGUUCGUUCCCUGGCAGAAGCGAAGAAUCUUAUGAACUACCUCUUUAAUUUGGCAUCUUCUUCGAGGUGCCUACUGUGGGAUAAAGAGGUCAAUUGUAGAGAGAAGGACUCAUAUAUAAGAGAUUUAAAGGAGAGAGUUGUCAAACUAAGCACUGUGAUCAGACAGUUGGAAAUGCAGAAGUCAGAACUUGUUCAUCAGUUAAAGUCGCAGGACAUCCUCUUGAAGAAGCACCACAAAUCAAAUGCAGCAGAUUCAGGGGAUUCUGGCCUAAACAUCGGACCAAAUAAAUAUGGCCUACGCAAGCAGGAUAACAGGGCAUCAAUAUUUCUGUUCGAGGACAUGGACACAUCAGAAUCGGAUUCUUCAGAUAGUAAUGCAGCAGAUGAUGAUGAUGAUGAGUGGGUAGUAGAUGAAGAUGAUGACGACUGGGUAGAGUCAGGAAAAAGGCCACGUAGGAGAAGAGCUAAAAUUGGACGCCAUUCAUCUUCUGAUACCCAAGAACCAGAGGUUAAUGAAGUAAAUGGCUCAAAGAUGGAGAAUUCUGGCGAAAAAACAUCUUCAAAGGAUAAUACGGAGGAUUGCUGCUCGUGCAGCAAAGCCUCAUCGUGCAAAACAUCGAGAUGUGAAUGUCGUGGCACUGGAUCGCUCUGUGGACCAUCGUGUGGCUGCCUAUCCAUUAAAUGCACAAACAGAGAGUCAGCAUCUGCAAAAGAGUUGGAGGAAUCUUCAGAACAAGAGAAAAGCGAUGCCUUAAACUAUGGGAACAAUGAAGAACCAGGUGAAUCUAAUCUAGCCUCCCAUGGUGCAAGUUUACUUCAGAGUGCAUUUGGUGAAAAGCCUGUUGAUUCAACUGAUGAUGCUGGUGUGAGGAGGAAACCUUUAUCCGACAUCGGGAACACCUUGGCCAAAACAAAAGCGCCAAAGCCUAAUCAGAGAAAGAAAUGGGGGAAAGCCGCAGUCCAGCUCGUUCCCGUGGCUCCACCUCCUGCAUUGCUGGAGACAACAUCGAAGGCCUCUGAGAAGCCAGAUGAUAGUAUCUCUCUCCAGGGAGACAUCCCUUUGAAGUUACCUAGGGCUAUGCGAACGCCGGCUCCAAGCGGCGGUCAUGUGCUAAGAGAAAGGAAUGCUGAUCGGAGUGAUGAGACAAUUCCCAGCAAGGAGGCUGGUGCAGCAGCUCCAGAGGUUUCGGUUCCGCAGGCAAGAAAGUCGGAUGAGAAGGAGAAUCAUGCAUCUUGAGUCAUUUUUCUCCCAUUGGUGAUUGAUAAUUUACCAAUAGCUCCCUCACACAGUGCAUCACCAUGCGGUGAUCCUCGUCGAAGGAAAUAGACUGCAUCACCAUCCGGUCAUCCUCGUCGAUUCGGGAAGGGUAUAGACUUUCUUGUGUAUUCUGUUUUAUGUUUUGUAAAGCAACGAUGGUUGGGAACCUGAGAUUACGUUCACCUAACUCUCGCUCGCCGAAGAUUUUGUUGCUAACGAUUUGAUUGGCUCGCUGGUGUACGAUACCUCGGACACGUUGGAUGAUUAAACUCUGGAUUUCUUUCCGUUCUGAUUGUAGCAUUGUGCUCGUCAGAAAUAGCGAUCAAAUAGCCAUCUUCUUACUUCAUUAA